CAAAAUCAAUUAUUGUAUUAUACUAUCGCUUACAUUCUCUAGUACAAAAGUUCCAACGCCGUGGAAUGUAAACCUCCACCAGAUUUCUAUUACCCAGAAAAAUCCUUCAAAGUCCAUUAAAUCUGCGUUUUUCACUCCUUUCUCUCACUACUAAGCAACCGGAAAAUGGUGGAACCGCUGGUUGUCGACGCCGAUCGCCACCGUUCGGAGGAGCAACUCCUCUUGCCGGAGGCCAGCAAUGGCGAUCGCUCAUGGCGGUUGAACUUCGACGGCUUUCAGUUCUCGGAGCGCAAGGAGAAGCCUCCUCGUGGCCUCCAUCACUGUCUUGGCCUUUUAGGUCCAGAAGAUAAUGUAGCGGAGUAUUAUCAGCAGCAGGUAGAAAUGCUUGAAGGCUUUGAUGAAAUGGAUGCCUUAGCAGAUCGAGGUUUUAUUCCUGGGAUGUCAAAGGAGGAGAGGGAAAACUUGGCUAGAAGUGAAACAACUGCCAUUAGAAUUUCAAAUGUUGCAAACAUGAUUCUUUUUGCUGCUAAAGUAUAUGCAUCCAUCAGGAGCGGGUCGUUGGCCAUCAUUGCAUCCACAUUGGACUCACUUCUUGAUCUUCUAUCUGGCUUUAUUCUGUGGUUUACAGCAUUCUCCAUGCAGACGCCAAACCCAUAUCAAUAUCCUAUUGGAAAGAGACGGAUGCAGCCGUUGGGAAUUCUUGUUUUUGCUUCUGUCAUGGCGACAUUGGGACUGCAGAUAAUUUUGGAGUCUCUUCGCACACUAAUGUCCGAUGAAGACAAUUUCAACAUGACCAAGGAGCAAGAGCUAUGGGUUGUUGGGAUUAUGCUCUCUGUGACUCUCGUAAAACUCCUCCUUGCUGUGUAUUGCCGCUCUUUUACCAACGAGAUUGUCAAAGCUUAUGCGCAGGAUCACCUUUUUGAUGUUAUCACCAACAUCAUCGGCCUUAUUGCUGUACUCCUUGCUAAUUAUAUUAGUUAUUGGAUGGACCCUGUUGGAGCAAUCAUUUUGGCCCUGUACACUAUCCGCACAUGGUCACUAACAGUAUUGGAGAAUGUGAACUCCCUUGUUGGAAGAUCCGCCGCACCAGAAUAUCUGCAGAAGCUCACAUACCUCUGUUGGAACCACCACAAGGCCAUAAGGCACAUCGACACAGUCCGGGCUUACACCUUUGGUUCUCACUACUUUGUGGAGGUCGACAUCGUCCUGCCACAGCAUAUGCCCUUGCGAGAAGCUCAUGACAUCGGGGAAGCCUUGCAGGAGAAGCUUGAGCACCUACCUGAGAUAGAACGCGCCUUUGUCCACCUCGAUUACGAGUACAGUCACAAGCCUGAGCAUGCUCAAGCACACCUCUAGUUACAAAAUAUGGUAACUGUUUGUCUGUGCCUAUUAUUUAUUUUCUUCCUAUGUUAAACUUUUUGUUAUAUACUUCGAAUUAAUCAAUAUCAAGGAUUGCUUUUAGACGGGCAAAAA